AUGACAGCGGCCAUGCAGCGCACGCCGGCCACCAGGGCCGCCCCGCUGUCCUACCUCUCAGGGGUCUGGAGCCUGGCUGCCGACUUUUACCUGUUUGGGCACGCCCCUUGUGCCAGCUCCAUCGUGGGUGGCGCCGCCAUCUGCCUGGGCGGCCUGCUGGUCACCUGCGAGCGAGCCGGCUCCUCCGGUGCUUAG